AUAAUGAGGAGAAUACCACCCUGCAAAAAACAUGUAUUGAAUUGGUCAACCUCCUCCAAUCUUUGACGUCCCUGUGGGCAAUGUGGUCCUCCAUGUAUGCUGGACAGUACUCUGCCAUCAGCAGUCUGACCGACAGAUUUCGUGGGCAGGUCAAGGUUAUUGGUAACCAAUUAGUGCUACUAUUCCAAGGCUGUCAGAAUGACCUUGACCGUCUGGUGCAAGACUCGACUGUCAAGGUGAAGGACAGUGUGUUAGAUGUGUGUCGCCUGGUGGGGGAGAUGUCACUAGCCACAGACAUGGCCAUGCUGAGUCUGGACAGAUGUGCCAAGGAGCAGGACCCAACGCUAUGUGGGGAGGUGUGUCAGGCAUUCCUGUCUGGCUGUGACCUGUUAGUGGACAAGAGCUUACAGAGUGCCAUCAGAACCAUGGAGGACCAUGAGAGGAGGGCGCAGGAGUACACAGAAACAACCGCUUCCAAUCAGAGAUUAGAAGAGGUGCCCCAGAAUGUGAAGAUUCUCAUCUCAACCUGUAAGAUCCUGCUCACCAAGUGUCAGACGAUACAGAUGGAGGUGGACCUGUCACUGAAGGAGGGAGGUGACCACGUGCCAAGUCAGUACUACAGUCUGGGCUAUCGCCGCUCUCAAGGGAUGGUCAGUCAGGUGAACAACCUGCUGGACACGGUCAGCCUGCUACUACAGAGUGUCACACCAGUUAUGGAAGGUAAAACAGAUGAUGUGCGCAAAGUAUGCCGCUGUUCUGAGUUGAUACAGAAGGGCACGGCCAAGUUGAUGGCAGUGUCAGGCCAAGACAGUAGCAUGUUGCUCGAGACAAGUUGUAGUAGUGACCUUACCAAUGUGUCGGUGUUAUCAGAUUCACAGACAGAACGACUAGAAUUCGCUGCUCAGGAUGUAAACCUGGCUGCAGGUGCUCUUAUAGAACAGGCCAAGGACAUCAUAGACCUUGAAAAGCUCAUCUCCACACCGCGAGGAAAACGCUUGUUACCAGUGUCUCCCGAGAAGGGAGUUAACUCACUAAUGUCACCACUACGCAGUAUGUCAGUGAAAAGGAACAUUUCUCUCUUAGCUUCUGCUGGACAUUCCUGAUGUCACAUCACCUCUGACACGUCUCAACAUUCCUAUUGGCUACGUCACCUCUCAUACGCUUUGAUAUUUCUAAUGGUCAUAUCAUUUCGACACGCCUUGGCAUUUAUGAUAGUAACAUCAGGUCUGAAGCAUCCAGACAUACCUAAUGGCUACAUCACAUUUGACAAGCCCCGACAUUACUGAAAGACACAUCAUGAGUAUACCCUGAUAUUGUUAUGAUGAAAUUGCCAUUGUGAAAAUAGCUAAAUCCCUAAGUAAUUACACACUGAUAAAUUGUGUAUACAUAUGAGAUAGUUUGGGAUGCUACAUUUGACCAGUCAUAUUACCAAGGUGACUAAGAGCAGUGUAAGGCUAGCAUGUUACGUCACGCCUGUAAUGACUUUAGUCUUCCAUUGUGUUACCAAGGUGACUAGGAGCAGUGU